GGAUCUUUAUGGAUUUGGAACGAACGUUAAAUUGAAGCACUUUUUGCCAACUCACAGAACAAGCCUCGUGUUGUUUCCGUUCGUUGCUGAACUUUGUGUGAUAAAUUUGUACAGUUUUUGUUUAAAAAAUAUAUCAAAAUGCCUGUUGUUGGAAAAGAAAAUACUCAUAAUCGCUUAAGGAACUUUAAAAAUAUGGGAAAAGACGAUGUGAGUCGAGAGAUUGCGCCUUUACUGCUCAAAACAUUUUGACUUUAAUUUCAAAAUUUGUCUCUGAAUCCCAAUACUGGUAUUGCUUUCUUGUGUAUAUUGCCAACAGAAAUUGUCUUUUCUUCCUUUAGGAGUGCAGAAGAAGACGAAACGAAGUCACAAUCGAACUAAGAAAGGUAUGUCAAUACAUAAAUCAUCGUAAAAUUAAUUAAUGAAGUUUAUCUCAGUAGUCAGAGCUGUGAACGGCGAAAUAAUGGUCGCAGGUUCGAGUCUCAUUCAUGUCAGUCUAUUGCUUUUCCUUUCUCAACUUUUUAUACUUAAGCAACGGCUUGCUCAAUUAUUUGCUCAAAGUAGUGUUAUUUUUAACGAAAUAAUAUAAAAUGUGUACAUUCAAAAUGUUAGCACUAUUUUCCAUCCAGCAAAUUGACCUGACGUCAUUUUCGGAUAAUGGAGAGGUGUUAAAUGGCUAUGUAACUAACCCAAAUCCUACCCCUACUCUAACCCUAACUGCAACCCUAGCUCUUAACCCUAACCGAAUUAAUAAAAAAAUCCAAAAAGAAACAACUUUAGAAAUUCGAUAAGGCAGUUUGCUGGAUGGAAAAUAGUGCUAACCAUUCAAAAUAUUGCCACCCCCCCUUAAUAAUUUAUUUAUUUUUUAAAACCACUUUAAUUUGGCACAUAGUUAACUUGACAAUAUUGUACACAACAUACAUGGAUAAAUACAUUGAACAAGAGUAUGGAGAAUAGUAACUAUAGAAGGUGCCAAACGUUGGUGUUAACCAAUGAAAAAUCAAUCUGAUCUCACAAUUAGGGUAAAAAUCCCGUAAUGGUCUAGGCUAAUUUGGAAAUGCAUCUAGGUGUAAUUCUAGUUUUGGCAAAGGCCAGCACAGUUGCUGUAUUAAUAAUAACCAUAUCCAUAUACUCUAGUCUAAGCGUGAUGAUCAAAUUUUGAAACGAAGGAAUGUAUCCAAUGUGGAACCAUUACAAGAAAAUUCAGCAAAUAAUUCCCUGUCACUGUCACCUGCACAAAUCUAUCAAAUCCUGUUAUCAGCAGACAGUACACAGGAUCAAAUUUUUGCCGCCGUGCAAGCAUCGAGGUAUAAUGUAUAUGGUAAUCGUAUAAUGGUUGCUGUUUUGCAUUUUCUACAUUUUGCAUUUUAUGCAUGCAUGUAGUUCAAUUACUGGGAACAGGGAAACACGAUUGACAAAUUAUAAUUUAAAAUUUUAACAGGAAAAUGUUGUCGAGAGAAAAAAAUCCUCCAAUAAAUGACGUUAUACAGUAUGUACUGAUUACAAAAUAUAUUAUUCGCAACAUAUUAUUCUUUACCAAGUUUUAUCCCUGCACUUGCAACUGUUUUGAGUUCAAUUCGUAUCUCUUUUCAGAGCUGGUCUUGUCCCAAAACUAGUUGAAUGCUUGAAGACAAAUGUGUAAGUUUUUGACAACCUUAUAUUUGUUUAUAAACAAUCUGUGUCAAAUAAAUUCUUUGUUAGAAAAAUUGUGCAUUUCUUUCAUCCUGAUCAGAUCUGAUAUACAGUUUGAAGCAGCGUGGGCAUUGACAAACAUCGCUUCUGGAACAUCUGACCAAACAUGGAUAGUUAUAAAUGCUGGUAAGCUUACUACAGUUAUAGUGUCACAACAGUUGCACAUGUUCAAGAGAGUGUUUCCUUAUUUUGUAUUAAUGUAACAUAAUAUAUUCCAACUGUCUUAAAGGUGCUCUACCAUAUUUCAUCCAACUAUUGUCUUCACCCAAUGAAAAAGUAAGAGAACAGGCAGUUUGGGCCAUUGGCAACAUUGCAGGUGUGUGAGGCAAACAUACUUUUUAUUUGGCAUUGCUAUCAUUUAGCUCUGACUACCAAAUACAGAUCAUAAUCUAAAAUUAUUUUUUUAUAAUUAUUAGGUGAUGGACCAAAAUUACGAGACAAAGUAUUGACGCCAGAAUACUGUGUUGUGCAAAAAUUACUAGAAUUAAUGCAGAAACCUGCUUUGCAGGUAAUAGUUGAGUUAGAAUUUCUCAAUUAGUUUUUCAGAGAGUUUCAGUUAAUUAACUGAUAGUUGUCACGAUGCAAUUAUUAUUUUUAACCUUUUGGCAGGCAUCAUAUCUGCGAAAUAUCACAUGGACUGUAUCAAAUCUUUGUCGAAACAAGAAUCCACCUCCACCAUUUGCUGCUGUUCAACAGGUCAGUCAAAAAAAUUUGAUACCAAAAGUUCCAAACAAUUAUUCUAAUUUAAUUUCAUCACUCUUGAUGCAAUAUAUUAUUAUAUUUUUCUAAUUGAACUGCAUAUUAUUAUUCUUCAUAUUCAGCUCUUGCCAGCCUUGGCUUACCUGAUUAACUAUGAUGACAAUGAAGUAGUUGCUGAUACAUGCUGGGCACUUUCCUAUCUCACAGAUGGACCUAAUGAGAAAAUACAAGUAAGAAAUAUGUGUACUAUAAAUUACAACAAGGCUAACAAUAACAGUCUCAAUUUGUUCUAAAGACAAUUAACCCAAUAGUUAGGGCUCUGAGUUAGAUUUACCUUUUGCAAACCAAUCUUUGUUCAAAUGUCUCAGAUAUUAAACUUUGAUAUAUUCCCUACUAUACAGGCAGUUAUCAAUGCAAAUGUUAUGCCAAAAUUGAUUUCAUUGUUGGGUACAACACAGCUUAAUAUUCUGGUAAGUUCCAUUUGGCAAUGCUUCACACUAUACAUGGCAAAAUAAGGUUCUCCCUUCUCAAAUUCCUACAAACAGAAAAUAUAGAAAACAAAUUACAAUUUCAAUGUUACAAUCAUGAUAUUUUCUACUUGUUACAGACACCAGCUUUGCGAGCAGUUGGUAAUGUUGUCACAGGGAAUGAUAAUCAAACACAGGUACAUAAAUAUCUAGAUAGUUUUGAUAUACCAGUUUACAGAGGUGUAAACUCCCUGACAUUUCCCCUUGAAUUACCCCCCCCCCCCUAAGCCUUGCAUUCCCUCUGCCCCAUCCAUUGGCCCCUUUCCCUCAAUACUUCUUAUAUCAUGAAUCUGGCCAUAACUUGUGUUUUAGCAUGUCUUGGACCUUGGAGCCUUGCAGCAUUUUGGGGCUUUACUUACACACAAAAAGAUGACACUAAUCAAGGUACUGUAUAUGUGUAACUAACCUGAAACCAGUUCUACCAAGAUUCUUCUUGGCUGUGCUACAGUACUUUCAUUCUUCAAACUCAGAAGACUUGAACAUCCAACUUUUCAACUUCUUCACAGGAAGCUGCUUGGGCACUCUCCAAUAUCACAGCGGGAAAUGAAAAUCAGAUCCAGGUGAGAUAUAUUACACUGGAAACCCAAUAAAUAAACCUCUCUCUUAUCAAAGUCAACACCGUUCUUCACCUAGACACAUUUUUUGGUCCCAACAAAAUGGACGAUGUGCAGUUGUUAAAAGUGAUGACAGAGAUACAUUCUUUACCAAUGAUGAUGUUCAUCAUCACCGGUUUUGAUUUACUUUCACUUCACAGAUGUUGAUGAAGAAAUUAGUCUUGAAUUUUCUUAUGGUCCUUGCCUUAAGCUAAAGUUACAUAUUAUGUCUUUCAGGCUGUCAUCCAUGCUGGUUUGGUUCCUAUAAUUUUACAAAUUAUGGAUCAGGGUGAUUACAAAAGUCAAAAAGAGGCUGUGUGGGUGAUCACUAAUCUUACUUCAGGAAGUAGCUUAAAACAGGUGCAUAUCUCCCUUCAUCAUAAUUGGUAGUUGAACACAUCUGCUUCGGUUCUCGUUGAUGGAAAUGAUGAAUGAAUAGUCCUGAUUAUUUAACAUGAGGGUAAAAUAACUACAAUUCUCUGAUCCAUCAGCGACUGUAGUUGACCACCCUGUUCUGUGAGUUGUUGGCUACAUAAUGCAAAGUAAUAAUUUAUUAUGUGCUGUCUUUUUAGAUUCAGUAUCUUGUGGAUAAGUGUAGAGCUAUUCCAUAUUUGUGCAAGUUGCUAACGGUGAAGGAACCCAAGGUACGGAAGUUUGCAUGUAGAAACUCUAAUUUCCAUGCGUCUUUCUGUAGUAAGUAAAUUGUUGCUUACCUGUAAAGAUCGAGACGCAAAACAUGAACACUUAUUCUCUUUUCCUUUCUACGUUGGUUCCCCAUGUAGUCGACUUGCACUUUCAUAUACCUUCUUUUUUCAAUAUGUAAUUUUCUUCAUUCAUUCAUUCAGGUCAUAUUGGUCUUGCUAGAUGCGUUCAACCACAUCCUAAACGUAAGUUCUUCUCUUUGCUGGAAUACAAAACGGAGACACAGUCGUUUAGUAUGAUAACAAAUAACAGUUACUGAUUUUCACUAAUUUGGUUUGUUAGAAAAGCGACCAUAUGAAUAGGCUUGACAAUGUUACUUUGAGAAUUGAAGAGUGUGGAGGUAUGAAUAGUAUAUUAUACACUUUAUUUAAUAUUAUAUAUUUGAUUCAUGCCCGUCUCUCGUGCAAGAACUGUGUUCCGUGCUUGAAACAAAUCUAUUACUUCAGAUCACGUUUUGAGAAUCUUUAAUGUUUUAGGUCUUGAUAAAAUCGAGAAUUUACAGCAGCACGAAAAUGAGCAAGUCUUUCAAGCAGCGCAGAAUGUUAUCGAUAAAUAUUUUCAAACUGAGGUAACAGUGAUUAGAUAUCCCAUAAGGUGCACAUCUUAGAACAGUAGAUCAGUAUAAACUAUAAGGCCCUGUUUACACUAUACCGGAUUCGCUGGUCACGACAUCUUUUGCCGUUACGGAGCAAUGGUUAGUAGCAAAUGCUUAUUAGUUUGACAGAAUUGGCAUGUUUAUUUGGGUCUCUGAGAUUAAAAAUCCUCACAGCCUUUCGAUACCUACAAAAUUUGACCCACUCCGAUAGCAAUCCGGUAUAGUGUAAACGGGGCCGACUUUAGUCCAUGGUUUUCCUUGUGUACGUUGUAACCACUGGAUGAAUAAGGGAUGAACCUUACUGGACCUCACGAGAGAACCCGAUGCUUACCCAGUAUAAAUGAAGUUUAGUUUUACAUAAAAUGUAACGAUUGUUUUACUUACAGGAUGAUGAUGUGACUGUUGCUCCACAAAACGGUGACGAUGGUUCCAACAUGUUCCAAUUUGGACAACCAACCAUGCCACAGACUGGGUUCCACUUCUAACAAAAGAUCUCUGGGGGAAAAAGAACUAUAUACCCUAAAAGAACUAAUUUAUUGUUCGCUAGAAUAUUCUUGUAAAUAGUAAAAAAAUGAAAUUAGUGGAUCAUUCGUUUCUGUACAAACCAAAAGUACAAUUUAUAUUAUAGAAUAUUACGAUAAAUUACAAUAUUGUUGCAAUUCACUUUAAUCUGGAGAUUAGAAUCAUGAGUUAAUACUGAUACCAAUCUC